AUGAAUCUCCGUAAAUCCUGCUGGAACGGUUCUCUGGGAGACGGUGGUCUUCCAGCCCUCUUAAAUGCCUUUUCCAAGUGGCUCAACCGAUGUUUAAACCAGCCCGGCUGGAUUGCCACAAAUGAAGGCCAAGCAGAGGGAAGCAGACUCUAUGAUUGGUCAGCAGAGAUCUUGAAGCGAGAUCCAAAAUACAAGGAGGAUGCUCGUAAUGUCCUUGAAGAAGCCUACGCUCUCCGUAACGGACUUGCUAGUGACUCUACGACCAAUUCAGUAGUUGGGGCAAUUCAAACACUGAUAAACGACCUAGCUACCAUGGGACAAGUGGGAAUACAAGUUGCAACGGUCGAAUCUGCAAAGCAGUGGGAAGCUGCGAAAGCAGAAUUAUGGAAAGAUAUCCUUUCGUGGGUCCUGCCACGAGUUCUUCAAGCAAUCCAAAUCAUACCCCUUCCCAGAGUUGAACUGAAGAGCGAUAAACUGGAUAUGGUUAUCGAUAAAGUCACACUUGCAUCCCCAUCUUUCAUCCCAGAUCACAUUCAAAUUACAAACCACAUGGACUUUGUCCUACACGCAUCGAGUGCCGUUCGGAACGAAGACCGAUUCUACAGGUCAUCUACCACAACCCGCACAAGAGUCGUCGUCGACGGCCUUCGUAUAUCCGUCGAAGAUAUUGCCUAUUAUCUCAAUGCAAAAGGCCCAUUUUGGUCAGGCUGGCUCGAUAAUGGGUUAUUAACAAUAGAUGUAGGGGGAAAGCAGGUGGUUGGAGAUGGCAUCUCACUCGUGCUUGACGUCGAAGUUCCGUCGCUAGAAGAUCGGGGUAGCGGUGAUUACCUAUUCAAAGUCCUAGACGCCAAGGUUGAUGUGCCUGGCCUGGCAUUCCAAAUGAAGCAAACGAGACAUUGGAUUUUCAAUACGUUAAUCACGCAACCACUCCUCGGUCCUCUUGUGAGGACGGCCGUCUCUCUGAUUCUUUCAGCUCAAAUAAAGGCGGCGCUUGAGUCCCUUGACUCUUCAUUAUGUGAUUUACGUGCUAAAGCAAGCCGUGUGACCGGGAAGCGUACAAAUGAACUGGAGUUUGUGGACUAUUGGGAAGCCUUCACCCAACAUCAAGAACCAGCUCCGUCACCUACUGUCUCCGCAAGAUCUCAAAGCCCUACGACAGUUGAACAGGAGCCGCAUACUCAUGUAGAAACCGAAACGACAACCAAGGGUAUUAUUCGCACGACUGUAGUGGAAGAUGCAGAAGGUGCACCACAAUCAGAGACGGUCCUCGCGAUUGGGAUUGGAGAGCAAAUCCUGCCUGGACUUGGUGGGCCUACACAGGAACCGCCUCCGACCCUAGUAGAACAAACCCGAAAAGCCCUUGAUGAACUCGAUGAAGCCCGUCAAGAAGCUAGGGCAACUGCCAAAACGGCCACAGAGGAUCUCAGGCGUGCGACCGAGGACGUGAGACAGCGUAUGACCUCGGCAGGAGAGAGAAUACCUAAUAAGAAGGCCAAACUUGCUAAGCUUCCUGAUUGGAGAAGCUCGGAUUUUGAUAUUUGA